AUGGUUUCCGCUGCAGCGACGACGACCACGAGCACGACCGUGGAUCUCAAUCGGGCAGCUCUACAUGAAUUCAUCAUGCAGCCGGUGUCGCGGGGGAUGGUUGCGCACUUGGCCGAGCAGGCCUCCCAGGUCAUCCGCUGCGAACCGCAUGUGACGGCACAACAUGCCCACGGACAGCCGACACCUCCCAGCACACCUCCCAUGGAUGCGACUUUACCACCACUCCCCUCAGUAGAGACGUUCAUUGCUUCCCUGGUUGCUCGAUCACAGGUUCAGGUGCCCACCUUGAUGACCUCGCUGGUCUAUCUGGCCCGACUGCGGUCCCGCUUGCCUCCAGUGGCCAAGGGCAUGCGUUGUACCGUUCAUCGCAUCUUCCUCGCUUCGCUCAUCCUUGCAGCCAAGAAUCUGAACGACUCAAGCCCCAAGAACAAGCACUGGGCCCGGUACACGGCCGUCAAGGGCUACGACGGAUUCGCGUUCCCUCUGCCCGAGGUCAACCUCAUGGAGCGCCAGCUCCUGUUCCUGCUUGACUGGGACACUCGGGUUACUGAAGCCGACCUGCUGCAGCACCUAGAGCCAUUCCUGGCCCCGAUCCGCAGUCGCUACCAGCAACAGCAGCAGCAACAGCAACAGCGCGAAGUUGAGCGUCGCCAGUCCCGAGAUUGGCGUCGCUUCCACUCCUCCACGGAUUUGCUGACUUCCCGCCUGCGCCGUCAGAAAUUGGAUGCUCGUCGACAAGUGGUGGAUUCCGCCUAUCAGCAAUCCGAGCGACGGAUGAUGGCAGCCAGCCCGGCCUCAUCGGUGUCUCUGUCAUCCCUGUCUUCUGCAUCGUCCGUUGCAAGCUCACAGAGCGCCUCUCCCGCCCCCUCGCUAAUUGAUGCUGCGGCCGACCGGUAUCACCCAUACCCGACUGGCCGCCGGCGUCCUCUAUCCCGUGGUCGGAUGUCGGGCUCUCCUCCGGGCGUGCAGGAUGUGCCCGGAUUGUCACGAGCCGAUACUGCGGCUUCUUUGAGCUCGCGGGCGUCCAGCCUGUCCUCCAGUUCACGCGCUGUCACUCCUGCAAGUCUCCGGAAUUCCAGCUCGAUCACCAGCUUUGAAGAGGUCGCGUCCGUCCGCGUGCUGGACGGUGGCCGCAGCCCGUCAUCAUUUGUUGGUGACGGGUUGCCACUCGAGGAGUGCCUGCCGCCCGCGCAGCCCAGCAAGAAGAUGCGUCUCGGCUAUUCUGGACACGCAGCUCAUCCCCACGGCCCCGCCCACCCGGUCGCCGCUGGCGGUCAUGGGUUCGUGGCCCGCUUUCUCGCCACGGCCGCGGGGUCGUACAUGGGCGGUCGUCGACACUAA